CCAGUGCGUCAGAGAACACAGCAUGAGGGACGGAAGAGGGACACCCCGCACCUGCCUCGCCAAAGGGAAAGGAGAGGGCGACCACUCGGACAAACUGCUGUGCAGACUUAACAGAGCACAGAAGGAGAGCCCUCGCCCGUCAGGUGCAUCUUGCCGGGUGAAGAAGCCUGUGGUUGAUGAAAGUGGAAAUGCACAAAACCAGACGGUAUCAUUGGAAAUGAAAAAUGAUCUGAGGGAGGUCAGCCUGUUGCUUCACGCUGGUGACAAAGCGUUUCCAUAUUUGAAAGAAUCAGUCAGAAGAAAUUCCACCUCCACAGCGGCUCGGAGCCAGACCGUGGAUCUGUUCUUUGCUCCUAUAGAAGAACGUUUUGCUGAGGUUUCCUGUGGUAUCCAGGAAACCCUGCGGAGGGCCUGGCUGGCAGGAGGGCCCGGGGCCACUGACAGCCACAGAGGACAGUGCUGCGAAGGAGAGCCUCGGGGGUCAGGGCCACGAUGCCGUCAGAAACAGUCAGAAAUGGGAAUCGCUGAGGAUGAACCACCAAGUGCUUUUCUUGAGGGGCAAGGCUCUGAGUUGGAACCCGAUUGCCUGCAUUCGGUCCUGGGUACACUGCUGCACCUGUGUCCUGAAGCUUCUCCAAGUGACGAGGCAGAAUGUGUGUCCCCUGGCCAUUCAGAGCCCAUGCUUUCAGAGCAAACAGAAUACAAGAAAGUGCUACCAGGUGUCAAAAGUACCUCAAACCAUCUGCGGAGAACACUGCGGUCACUGGCUCUACAAGCUUUUGAAGUAGCAAAGCCUAUAUGCCAUAGUUAAGGUACAAGCUGAACAGUAAAAGUAGUGAGAUUAAUUUUCAAUUGUCUUAGAAUGACUUCUUUCCAUUAAGUCUGGAUGCAAACAGUGCAGCUGUGUGUGAAGUUCCCGCUUUAGUUUGCAUGACCAGACAAACUAGUGGAAUUUAAACUCAUGGGAGGCUGGUUGGUGCAGGAGGAAAUCUGGAGGCACGUUUUCAAUUGUGCUGGAAAGACAUUCAGGAUUGGGAAACCACUUCAAGAGAACAUUAUAUCCUGUGUAAAUACCAGAUUAGAACCGAAAGUCCUCGAUGCACCAACACCCAUGUGAAAGGGCUGCUGUCCCGGGUCCUGUCCGCAGGGGUCCUGUCCACAGGUUGUCUGCUCAUCUCACGGAAGUGGGUAUUUGUAAAAGCCCCUCUCUACUCCUCCAAGCCUUGCUGAGUUGAUGCUGAGCUGUUACCAUUUCUGCAUUUUGUAGAAUGAUUUUGGUUUGCAUCAAAAUUGUAUUCCUUUUCUCACAUCCCUUUCCUUCCCCUUGAAACGCAAUGUUGAUGGAGGCCCUAUGGUGAGAGUUGCAAUAUUAAACCCAUUUGUAGAAUAAACCUUUCUCAAACAAGGGAUCCUAGCAGUGUUACUUGAAAUAGUGCAGGUGAGAGUGCUGUAGCUCAGAGAGGCCAAUCAAGUUUUUCCCUGAUAGAAGGUACCCAGUUUCUGGGAGUUGAGGUAGCUCUUACACUGAGAUUUUUCUGAGACAACUCCUUUGGUUGUUUGUUGAUAACUUUGCAUAAAGGUCACUUAAGAGAGUAAGUUUUUAAGGAGUCCCAAAGUAAGACAACCAUUUUCGGGAUUAUGGAUUGCCUAUAUCAGUUUAUAUCGUGUGCUAAAUUCCUAUGCUGUGUGCUAUUUUAGUGUUUCAGGAAAAUGAAAAAUAAAAUUUGUUCUUUGCCAUAAUAAAUGUCUUCUCUGUGUUGUA